GAGAGGAAGGAAGUGAGAGAGCGAGCAGAAGCGCUGUAGCUGAUGGACGCCGCGGACAGGCAGGAAUGGGGAGUUCAGUUCGGAGCCGAACACACACGGCCGGCGGCUCUCGGUGUUUUUAAGCUCUAGAUACGAGCUGCCGUGUUUCUGUGAGUCCGCUGUUAUUCAGGCUCGGUUUUCUGUCGGCACAUUUUCUCUCUCCUCUGUGGAUUAACCAGGAAUCGUCGAGCUAGCUGAGCCGCUGUGCUAACCGUUAGCUUAGCCUGGUUGCUAACAGUAGGCCGCUGCUGGCUGGGUUCUUGUCAGUUUCACAGUCCCGAGCUUGACGUUUAUUUUCAGCUUUUUCUAAUUUAGUGUUUUGUUCGAUUUUGAUCGAAUUCGCUGGUCCGUAUGAUCGGGAAAGGAGUCCGGACAAUCUACCGCGUCUGUGAGAGUGAAACGAGUUGUGGGGUUGCUGGCCUGCUAAUGGACACAUAAGAACUGCUGCGUUCGUCCAUCAGAUUCCGGGCCCCUCACAAUGAAGAGCGAGGUCCCGUCUGACACGCGCCGCAAACAGGAGCCACUAAAAGGGCCUCUGGAUAAUCCCGAACCUAUGGAGACGGCCAAAAGCUUUCCUUCAGAGGUGGACGUGAUCGGCAAAGCUGGCGAGUUCACAGCACUGUGCGGCGAGGCCAGGCACCGGACGUUACGAGAUGCCGCUGGGCGCAGAGACCCAGAAAGAGGUCGGAAGAAGCGCAAAAGCCAGCAGCCGGGGCCCUCGGACUGCUCCCUAAAGGAAGUGCGAGUGAGCGAGGCUCCUCUUCCUCCUUCACAUUUAGAGCCACGGAGCGAGGACGAGAGGAACGCAGAGUCAUCGUUCAGCGACUGCGCCUCUUCGCCUUCGUCCAGCCUCCGUUUCGGCGACUCGGACACCCUGAGCUCGGAGGACGACGUCCGGCAACAGCAGCACGUGACGGCGGCGAGCGCAGGCGGAGGGAACGGACAGCCGCGUCCCUUGAUGAACCGAACUCGUGCCAGCAGAUCUCACAAAUGGGCGCGGCUGGAAAACCCGGAGGCCAAUCACGUGAAGCGACAGUGCCUGAGCUCACGGCGGCAGCUGAGCAGGAAGCGCUUCGUGAAGGGGCCGAACGGGGCCGGACCGCAGCGCACGCCCAAGCAAAAGGCGCGAAUGCUGCUGCAGAGGAAGAAGAGGGAGGCACGCCGAAAGUAUGCUCUCCUGCACAGUAGUAGCAGCUCCAGCGAGGAGCUGACCACCGACUCGUCCGUGUCUUCCUCUACCGAGGGGGACGACGAGCUGUAUGUGGGGGUGAGCAGCAGCGCUGGGGGUCAGGUGACCAGCAACACCGUCACCUCAGGGUUACAGCAGGUCCGGUUCCACCAGGAUACACUGGGCUCAAGACAGUCAACGCCAAUCCAUCAAUGGGCUUUGAACACCCCACUCCUACCCCCCUUUAGACCAAUGGUGUCCUCUAGCUGGUUGGCUGUUGCACUGGAUGAAGAUGUGGUGGUGAUUGAAGCUACUCCUGCGCCUCCUGUUCCAGCUAGUGAGGAGAUCAACGUUACCUCGACAGACAGUGAGGUCGAGAUUGUGGGAGACGCCUACAGGCCGAGGUCAGUGGGAGGCCAUGGCAGGAUGCACUGGGGGCCGAGCUGCUCUCAGAGCCGAGCUCAAGAGGGCCGGGGACGCCAUCGCCUCUCUACCGUCAUCCAGCCCCUUAGACAGAGUGCCGGUGAAGUGGUGGACCUCACUGUGGAUGAGGAUGAUCUCUUGGUUGUGCCGACCACUUCUGACAGCGCGCGCUUGCUGCCUGCCACCUCUUCUGUUUCCUCCCUUCUAGCCUCUAACUCGGAACCUUCCCAGGAUGCCCCGGGCCCCUCCUCUACCUGCCCUGCUGUGGCCCCUGACAGCACGCAGGACUCUCACAGUGGUGCACCUGGCCCCAGCAACACCGGCAUCGCUGUCAUAGAGGAUGAUGGUAGGAGAGCGUUAGCAAAUGAGAACAGCGGUGUGGCAAUGCCCAGGCUACCAUCAUGUUGUCCUCAGCACUCUCCCUGCAGUGGGCCCUCUUCAGGCCAUCUUUCUAUGAAUCACUCUCACUCAGGGUGCAUGCAGCCAGGACCGGCGCAGCAGCACGGCCCCCAGCAGCCCGGCUCUCAGCACUCGCACAGCCACCCGCAUCACUUUCACCAUCACCACCAUCACCACGCAGGGUCCACGCCCUCCUCUCUACCUUUCCCCGAGCCCAGCUGCCCACUGGAGAGACCCAGCGCCAUGCCUGCACCCUGUGCUGGGGUCGGUGCCAACAGCCAGUACCACGACCAGCAGACCCUACCGGUGGAUCUCAGUAGCAGUGCAGUGCGCAGCAGCGGCUCCAGCAGUAGCAGUUUCAGCAGCACCUCCGCCUUCGACCCGUGCUGUCCGGGCUCCGUCUCACGACCUCCCAUCUACGUUUCCCAGCCUGCACCGGGUCCCAGCCAGCCCACCGCGGUCGACUCGUUUCGUCCGGCCAUGGUGGCUCAACCGCAGCCCCAGCCCCAGCCUCAGCUCUCAUCCUGCAGGCACUACAUGCAUCCUCCCUACGGUCCCCUGGCUCGCUCCUUGCACCACCAGUCCUCCUCGUCAUGUCCCCACUCUCACAAUAACCCCCCUCCCCCUCCGCAGCCCCCUCCCCAAGGCGACUACAUCAUACCCCACCCCGUCCUGCCCUAUCACACCCCACUGCCCUCUCACGGCCCGGGCCACACCGUGCCCGCCGCCCCUGCACCCUCUCUCCCACCUCACCAUCUACCAGCCUCCGGUGCGCCUCUGGCCCAACACUUGGCCCCGGAGCCUCCGACGCUGCAGCAUCACCUGCCCAUGCUGGGCCCCAACGCCGUGCAGAGAAUCCACCAGCAAGAAAUCCUACAGAGAAUGGAGGCCCAUCGACACAGAAUGAUGCAGCACCCCACGCGAGCACACGAGAGACCUCCCCCUCACCCUCACAGAAUGCACCCCAACUAUGGUCAUGGACAGCAUAUCCAUGUGCCCCAGACCAUGUCCUCACACCCACGCCAGACUGACCAGAGAACCACAUGGGAGCUGGGCAUCGAGGCUGGUGUGACAGUAGCUCCUUACCCUUCAGGGCAUCUUCACCCCCAUAUGUCCCACUACCACCCCCCAGCCAGACUGCACCACUUCCCUCUCCCUCUGAUGCACCCUGGCAUGUCUGAGGUCACCUAUCCACACAUUCGCUACAUCUCAUCUAGAAUGACAUUUGGCCGAACCUAUGAGGAUCUGCUGCAUUUAGAGGAGCGACUGGGGCCUGUGAACCGAGGAGCCUCUCAGGGAACUAUAGAGAGGUGCACUUACCCGCACAAGUACAAGAAGAGAAAGCUGCAUGGCAAGCAUGAUGAGGACGAGGGCGCCGAGGAAGAUACAGAGGAGAAAUGCACCAUCUGUCUGUCUAUACUGGAGGAAGGAGAGGACGUCAGGAGACUCCCAUGUAUGCACCUCUUCCAUCAGCUGUGUGUGGAUCAGUGGCUUCUCACCAACAAAAAGUGCCCCAUCUGCAGAGUGGACAUAGAGGCUCAGUUAGAGAGUUGAUGCUGUUUUUAAACGACUGCCCCCCUCCGCCCCCUCGUUGUGGUUGUUGUACUGUUUUUUUUAUUUGUUUUUGCUUUGUGUUUAAUGUUUUCUCCAGUAACACAUUCAACCAAAGAUAGCAUGAAUUACCUGCGCAGAUUUAAUAUGGGAGAAAAAAAAAAAGAAACAUUGAGUGCCAGCUAUCAUAUAGUACCGAUUCUACUAGAAAUGACAUUAUUCAUUAAGGGUUUCGAAUUUUAUUGUAUUUAUAAAGCUUUUAUGUAGCUUUUAAUUGUUUUCACAUGUGUCAUAGUAUAUUGUUAUGUUUUGGUUUUGUUUUAUUUUUGCAUGGACCCUUGCAAUGCAAUUCUUUGCACAUAUAAACGAUGGCGGGCCUGGCGGGCUCCGAGGACAUGCGGGCUGGGUUAGCUGCUCUGGUAAAGAAGCAUUUUUCUCCCUGAUGCCUUUUUUUACUGGUACGGCAGAUCAACCACCAUUCUGAAACAUUGCAGGACUCAUUUUAUCGAUCAGUAUGUGAUUAGGUUCAUGUUUUAGACAAUGUGACAUGCAGAAGAUUUUUUAAAACCAAUCGAGACAUUCCUGUAUUAGGGAAUAAGAUCAUGUUUAAGAGAUAGGCUGCUGUAUCAGUGUUGACCGUUCCACGGCGUUCCUUAUCACGGAAACUUCUCUCACGUCUCACCGUCUGUGUUCCGACGGAUCUCUUCACGUUCUUCGCCUCACGUUUGAUCAUCACUGUCCUUGCUCUUUGUUUUCUUUGUGUCAUGAAAUAAGUGUCACGUUUGGUUCGGUGUGAAUCUCAGGCACCUAAAACGCAGCCACCAUAAUCCUGGAGAAAUGAGAAAACUGAGUAUUGAUUUCACCAUUUCCUGGAUUUCAUUUCUCCUCUUUGACUCUCUGAAAAGUGACUCUUACAGGCUAAACCCCCUUUGGAUUAACACAGACACACACUCGAAUGCAUUCUUAUUCUCUCUCUCUCUCUCUCUCUCUCUCACUUGAGCUGUGCAGCAAACUGUUUUGAUUUUGAUUGUUUUUUUUCUGUUUGUUUCUUAAUUUUAUUUUUCUUGCUGCUGUGAAAGCCUAACACUAAUAUUAUUCUCAACUAGCUAACUUGCAUAUACUUGCACAUGAGAGACAAAGGACAGGAGUGCUUUGAGAACGAAAGUGCGCCGAGGCCAUGGAUUUCUCUGUUUGCUGAGUUUUGGGGAUGAAACUGUUAUUUUGAAUGAUGUGAUGGAAUACAGUACUUAAUGGCAGGUAUCCAUGCAUUCAUAGACUUAAUGGUCCCUGGAGAAUACUCCAUGGGAUUUACAUUAGUUUUAAAAUAAUAUUAAUAAAGUUAGGUAACUCUU